UUGUAGUGGAUUAUUGUAAUCCGACUGAGGUUUGGACGACAGUCGGCAUCAGCGCAGACGAGCGGAGCCCAGUGGCCUGGAACAGUCGCCUCCCGGCCCGCGAUCACAGGCUCGACUGGAACAUGACGUGCCGCGCGGCUCGGUGCUCCUGAAGGCGGCGGCGGUCUGCGGCUCCGCGGCCGUUUCCUGGAUCCGUGUCUGCGGAACGCUGACAGCUGCAGCUUCUCCCGUCCGUCCGUCCGAGGAGGAGGAGGAGGAAGGCUCUUCGUCCGGCUCCGGCUCCGGCUCCGGCUCGCGCCCCUGACAGCCAGCGGCGGGAAAGCGCUCGCGGAGCUUGGGCUCGCUAGCGCGGCUAGCUGCGUCCUGCUAGCUGACUAGCUGCAGAGGAAAUCUCCGAGUUCAGUUCGGAACCAGGUUCUGGUCGGUGUCGGACCCGGAGGCGAACAGGAUGUCGGCGAAGGACCAAAACAAAGUGUCCACCGUCGAGCGGCCCAUUAAAGCGGUGCCCUACCCUCCCGGCGCCCGCCUGACGGUGCAGGACCUGUACGUGGACGGGCGGCCCAGCGUGGAGGUCCUCAAGGCUCACCUGGUGAAGGAGGGCCGGCUGGAGGAGGAGGCGGCGCUGCGCAUCAUCAACGAGGGCGCCGCCAUCCUGCGGCAGGAGAAGUGCAUGCUGGAGGUGGAGGCCCCCAUCACAGUCUGCGGCGACGUCCACGGUCAGUUCUUUGACCUGAUGAAGCUGUUUGAGGUGGGCGGGGCCCCGAGCAGCACCAGGUACCUGUUCCUGGGAGACUACGUGGACCGAGGGUACUUCAGCAUCGAGUGCGUUCUGUUCCUGUGGGCUCUGAAGAUCAACCACCCCAACACCCUCUUCCUGCUGCGGGGGAACCACGAGUGCCGGCACCUGACCGAGUACUUCACCUUCAAGCAGGAGUGUAAGAUCAAGUACUCGGAGCAGGUCUACGACGCCUGCAUGGACGCCUUCGACUGUCUUCCUCUGGCAGCUCUUCUCAACCAGCAGUUCCUGUGCGUCCACGGAGGUCUGAGUCCGGAGGUCACCUGCCUGGACGACAUCCGCAAGCUGGACCGCUUCAAGGAGCCUCCGGCCUUCGGCCCCAUGUGUGACCUGCUGUGGUCCGACCCGGGAGAGGACUACGGCUCUGAGAAGACCCAGGAACACUUCUGCCACAACAGCGUGAGAGGAUGCUCCUACUUCUACAGCUAUCCUGCCGUCUGCGACUUCCUGAUGAACAACAACCUGCUGUCAGUAAUACGAGCGCACGAAGCCCAGGACGCAGGGUAUCGAAUGUACAGGAAGAGUCAGACGACCGGCUUCCCAUCUUUGAUCACCAUCUUCUCGGCGCCCAACUAUCUGGACGUUUACAACAACAAAGCGGCGGUGCUCAAGUACGAGAACAACGUGAUGAACAUCCGGCAGUUCAACUGCUCCCCUCACCCCUACUGGCUGCCCAACUUCAUGGACGUCUUCACCUGGUCGCUGCCCUUCGUGGGCGAGAAGGUGACGGAGAUGCUGGUGAACGUGCUGAACAUUUGCUCCGACGACGAGCUCAUGUCAGAGGGAGACGACACGUGUGAAGGCGGCGCUCCGGCUGUCAGGAAGGAGGUGAUCAGAAACAAGAUCCGAGCCAUCGGGAAGAUGGCCCGAGUGUUCUCCGUGCUCAGGGAGGAGAACGAGAGUGUGCUGCAGCUGAAGGGUCUGACUCCCACUGGCACGCUUCCCCUGGGAGUUCUGUCCGGCGGCCGGCGGACUCUGCAGAGCGCCACUGUGGAGGCGGAGGAGGCUCGAGGCUUCAACCCGCAGCACAAGAUCCAGAGCUUCGAGGAGGCGCGAGGUCUGGACCGCAUCAACGAGAGGAUGCCGCCGCGCCGCGACAGCAACCAGCAGGAGGCGGUGGCAGCGGCGGCGCUCAACAACCUCCCGGACAAGAACGGCACCAGCGCGCAGGCCUAGACCUCCUUCCUCUCCCCUGCUCCCUUCCUUCCUUCCUUCCUUUUCCUUUCCUUCCUUCCUUCCUUCCUUCUUUGAAGCCAGCGACGCUUCAUGCUUGGUUUAUUUCUUCAUCCGCUCCUAUAAAAAAACGUCUCAUGGCGUCAUGAGGCAGCAAGCGAGAGGCGGCGCUCCCUCGUUUCUAUGCCGACGACAGUGUGACUGAACUGAGAGUAUUGACGUUUCUAUUCAUUUGUACAAUUCAAUUCUCCUCUUUUCAACGUGACAUUUUUUUUUAAUUCAAUAGACUUAGAUUGAAGGACGGUAGCGGGGGCGGGGGGAGCGGCGGGGGUGGGUGAGAGCGAGCGAGCGAGAGAGAGAGCGCUAUAUGGGAAAUGACUAUAAGGGGCGGGGCUUCAGUCAGCGUCGACAGACUGGGUGCAACUCUGGUGUCACCGCCACGAAGCUCGGACCGGAACAUGGCGGCACCCGGUCCGUGUCAGGCGUUUGACUCGCGGGUGCACCGGUUCGGGGUCGUGUUUCGAGUCGCUGACACCAGAGUUGUGAGGAAGGUGGCGGGGCCUCGGUGUUUGGGGCUGGAGAGGACGAACAUAUCUAUCUGACAGACGUGUUUCUUUCAGGCUCCAUGUGUCGAUGAUGUCUCACUCCGUUCAAUAAAACCGGCUGUUGAA